AAAUUACGAAACGGAAAACAUUAAACCCCCUUUCGCCCCGCUUCGUCGCUGUUCCAAAUCGAUACUUAUAAACCACAUGGUAUGAUGGUAACUGAGGUAAAAUGGCGGUGAAUCUACCUUGUCUCGCUGUGCGAGGGUCCAACGGUCUUAAUAUUAAAAAUGGACCGCCUGCGUACACUGAUGUUUCGGCAUUUACCAAAGAUGACGGCAAAUCAUGUAAAGCCAUGGUUUUCAGUCCAGAAGGACGUUACUUUUCAUGGAUAUCAGGGCCAACCAUCAAAAUUGCUCUCUGCAAUACUUGGCAAAUUGUUGCUGUUAUACAAAGGCCAAAAGUUUGUGGACUUCAGUUUACUCCUCAAGGGACUUACCUCAUGACCUGGGAGCCGUUUAUCAUAUCAAAAGAAAACCCCCAGGGAAGUCCUCAGUUAUGUAUAUGGAAAACAGAGAAUGGAGAACUUGUGAAAAGUUUUGUCCAGAAGAGACAAAGUGAUUGGGAGCCCCAAUGGUCCAACGACGAAAAGCUUUGUGGAAUGUUGGUCAACAGUGAUAUAUUAUUUUAUGAAAAUGCUGACUUUGAGAGAUAUGUUCAGAAAAUAAAUGUCACUAAAUUUGGAAAAUUCAGAAUAGCACCCGGCAAUUCGCCUUAUCACGUUUUGUGCUAUAUGCCUGGCAAGCCCGGACAACCUUCUUUUGGAAAAUUGUUCCAAUACCCUAAGGUUGAAGUCUCUCAGGCUGUAGCGAGUAAAAGUUUUUUCCAGGCAGAUAGCGUCGACAUCAUGUGGAACGAUUGUGGUACUAGCGCCCUUGUGAUGACCACAAUGGAAGUUGACAAAACCGGUGCUUCUUAUUAUGGCAAGCAGGGCUUGCACUUUCUUAGCAUAAAAGGCGACACUGCGAUGGUUACUCUGAGCGAAGAAGGGCCUAUUCACGCUCUUCAGUGGUCUCCAAAAGGCAACGAAUUCUGUGUCGUUUACGGAUUCAUGCCUUCCAAAACGACGCUUUUCAAUCUGAAGUGUGAACCCGUCUUCGAGUUUGGGAAAAAGCAUCGAAACAGCAUCUAUUACAAUCCAUCUGGCAACAUUUGUCUAUUGGGAGGGUUUGGAAAUUUAUCUGGAGAUAUUGAACUUUGGGAUAUGGCGAAGAAAAAAAUAAUAGCAAGUGAAACAGCUUCGGACACUACGUUACUCUACUGGUCACCUGACGGCGAACACUUUAUGACCGCGACUACCGCCCCAAGGUUACGAAUAGCUAACGGCUACAAAAUAUGGCACUACAGUGGUACAUUGUUGCACGAAAACCUGUGGGAAAAAACAGCUGAACUUUGGGAAGUUCUUUGGCAACGAUUCCCAAAAAACACUUUCGCCGAAAAACCUAUAAGUUAUAAAGCCGUAGAAGGAAUCACGCCGAGUCAGCCUCAAGCUUCGAAACAAGUGUAUCGACCACCAUCUGCGAAGGCGCACACAAUGACAUUCAACCUUCACGACUUAAGUGAUUUACCACCAAAGAAAGCAGCGAAAACUCCAUCCAAAUGUGCGAUAAAAGCGAAAAAAAAACGCGAAGCGAAAAAAGCGAAGAAAGAACUUGAGUCUGUGACAGAGCCGAACAACGACGUCGCGACUAAUGGCCAAGAAAAGCCAAAGAAUCAAACUGCUGCAGUUGACCCCGACUUGACCGAUGAUCCAGAGAAGAACAAAGUCAUCAAAAAGAUUAAAAGUAAAUUGGAUCAAAUAUCAAAGUUGAAGGAUAAAUUGUCAGCGGGUGAACAGCUAGAGAAAAAUCAGUUGGACAAGAUCAAGACCGAGGAUAGUUUAACUAAACAACUAAAAGAAUUGAUAUUGUGAUCAAGAAUGGCGGGUUAUUCACAUCGUGGACAAUAAAAAUAACGAACGAAAAAUAUACUCGACGCGUGACUCACGAGACAGACGGAAAGAUGAUACCCUAACAAAGAAUAUCCUGAUGGACAAAUAAAAUAAAUACAUCGAGACACGCAUAAUUAUGAUCGACGAAUUCUCGUGAUUUGAAAAACGUAUUCCAUUGUAAUACGCAAUUUUUCACAUGACAAGUGAAAGGAGUUUUAAUCGUGAGGCAAAAAACCCCUUUUUCGUCUUGAAUACGAAUCACGUCGUUAUUUCUAGCACUAGGAUUCGAUGACGGCAUAAAUAUAUCAAAAUAAUAUUAUAUUUUCGAAUGAAAUGGGAAGGAAUGUAAUUAUUAAUUAUAAGUAUAUGAAAAAAGAGAAGGAAGAAACUACAACACUGCCGUAAUCUUUUAUGCGGUAAAAGCAAGACGUUUGAUUAUGUACGUGUAUCUUGUGUAUGGUUUUGUGUGUUGGCAAGUGCGUGCUCUCAUUUAUGAAACUCGCAAAAUGAGCUUUUUUUUAAUUAUUAUCGAAUGAAGAACCGUAAUUCAUGUAUGAAAUGGAAAA